CUAGAAAGAGAGACGGGCGAACGGGUGUGUCGGAUUAGUGGCACAAAUAGUUCCGGUCCGUUCGCAACAAUUUGGGGUAGGGACGGUGACACGGUGUGAUAAAAGAGCAAUUCGAGCGCCGAGCGUAACUGUUGCCGCGUGCCGCGCGUCCGUUGACACAGAACGGCCAGUUACGGCACAUCGGCGGACGGUGACGGAUCGGAUUGCGCGCGCGCACCCUUGCGCUGAAGGGAUUCCACAGCUGCUGCGCGGCUUAAUUGAACGAUUGUGAACAGUUUGUGCUUUGUGAGCGAUGUCGCAACCGACGGAGAUGGCGGCACGCAGCAAGGAGGAGCUCCUGACGCUGCCGAUCGAGCAGACGGCCCCGGACCGACCGCAGGGAUGCUCCCGCCGGUGGUGGCUGUUUAUGGGCGUGUACUGGAAGGCCCUGCUGGUGCUGGCGGUCCCCUGUCUGGCCGGAAGUAUCUUCCUGUACGACACGGGACCCCCGUUCCGGUGUAUGUAUCUCGUCGUGGUGAUGGCCGUCUUUUGGAUCACGGAAGCGUUGCCACUGCCGAUCACAUCCAUGCUGCCGAUUGUGCUGUUUCCGAUGAUGGGCAUCCUCGGAACGAAUCAAACCUGCAUGAUGUAUAUGAAGGACACAAUGAUGAUGUUUGUCGGUGGAAUUGUGAUGGCACUGGCGGUCGAGUAUUGUAAUCUACACAAACGGGUCGCUCUGAAGGUGAUUUCGGUGAUUGGAUGUAGCCAGCGGAGGCUAACGUUUGGGCUGACCGCCGUUACGAUGUUCGUUUCGAUGUGGAUCUCGAACACGGCUACCGUGGCGAUGAUGUGUCCGAUCGUGCAGGCGGUCCUCCAAGAGCUGGAAGCACAAGGACUGUGCAAGAUGUACGAUAGGCCGAAAUCGAUCGAAAGUGCGUCCUCCGACGAAGACAGCACACCACGGCCGACGAAGAUCACCCUGUGCUACUACAUCGGGACGGCGUACGCCGCGACCUGCGGUGGCUGCGGUACGAUCGUGGGAUCGGGAACGAACCUCACGCUGAAGGGCAUCUACGAGAGUCGAUUCCCCGAUGUUCCCGGCAUCGAUUUCCCGAAGUUUAUGUUCUACAACGUGCCCGGAAUGCUGGUGUACACGUUCUUCACCUGGCUGUACCUGCAGUGGCUGUUUAUGGGGCUCUUCCGGCCGAACAGCGAAGAAGCGAAAGCCGCCAACAUUGGGCCCGAAGGAGAGACGGUGGCCAAGCGUGUCAUCGAGCAACGGUACCGGGAGCUGGGGCCGAUGUCCUCACACGAACUUGGGGUCGCCUUUUUCUUCGUCCUAUCCGUUGUGCUUUAUUUUACACGCGAACCCGGCUUCGUGAGCGGCUGGGCGGAUCUAAUCCCCGGCAUCAAAAUCAAAGAUGCCACUCCCGCCAUUUUCAUCGUUAUCAUGCUUUUCAUCGUCCCCGCAGACUGGAGUUGCUUGUCGUUCUGCCGCAAGGGCGCUGGCAAACUACCCCAAAAACCGUCUUCCGGACUGAUCACGUGGAAGUUCAUCAACCAGAAAACUCCCUGGAGUUUACUGUUCCUGCUCGGCGGAGGUUUCGCGUUGGCCGAGGGUGGCCGGGCGUCCGGAAUGUCCGCCCUGUUGGGUCAAUCGUUGGCCGGGCUAAAAACGCUCCCGCCACUGCUGCUCCUGUUCGUCGUCUGCUUGACGGCCCAAACGCUCACAGAGUUCACCUCGAACGUGGCCAUCUGUAACGUGAUUUUGCCCGUGCUGGCCGAAAUGGCUAUCGCGAUCGAGAUUCAUCCGCUGUAUCUGAUGUUCCCGGCGGCCAUGUCGUCCAGCUUCUCGUUCCAUCUGCCCGUCGGAACGCCGCCGAACGCGAUCGUUGCGGGAGUGGGAAGCAUUCGCAUCAAGGACAUGGCCGUGGCCGGUAUCGGUCCGUCGGUGGUCACCCUGCUCGUCAUCUGGGCCAGCUUUCCCACGUGGGGCGCCGUUAUCUAUCCGGAGCUGGCCACCUUCCCGGAGUGGGCCCGUCAUCGAAACGAUUCCUUGUAUUGAGACACUGUUUUAUUUUUGUCGCGUGUGCCAUUCGAUGUAAGCCAUCAUUUUUUACAUUGUUGUAGUCGUUAAAGUAAGGAGUUUAAUAAAUUUAAUGUUGAAACGAA